AUGGGCUCAAAUGUAGCACCGACUUAUGCGAACCUCUUUGUAGGGAAAUUCGAGGAGGAUGUGGUCUACAGGGAUGAAGGUUACAAGAAGUCCAUUUUGGGCUGGUAUUGUUACAUAGAUGAUAUCUUCUUUAUUUGGACUGGCAGUGACGAUGGCUUGACACAAUUUGUAUCAAAACUCAAUUCAGCACAUGAAUCUUUAAAGUUUACCAUAGAAGCAAGCAAGUCUGAAAUGAUUUGUAAUGAAAAUGAUCACAACAAAACACAGCAGAGAGAUUUCAACAUUUUACCCUUUUCAGUCAGACCUGAAAGUCAACUUGUGCUAUUUGUUGGACUUCUGGUUAUCUAUCUGAUGUCAGUCUUGGGAAAUCUGAUUAUUACAACAGUUAUUAUACUGGAUAACAAUCUACAUAACCCUAUGUAUUUCUUGUUAUGUAAUCUAUCCAUCUUAGACAUUACUUUUAUAUCAGUCACUCUUCCAAAGUUGCUGGCCAUUACCAUGACCGAUUGUGGUACAAUGUCAUUUAAUGACUGCAUAGCACAAAUGUACUUCUUUAUCGCCACUGCAAAUACAGAGUCUUUACUGCUAACUUCUAUGGCUUAUGAUCGCUAUGUGGCAAUUUGCGACCCUUUACGCUACUCCAUAAUCAUGAACAAGACAUCAUGCUUUGUUUUGGCAAUUGCUUCAUGGUUGAUCGGUUUCCUAAAUUCAUUAUUGUUGUCCCUGCUUACAUCCAAUCUCUUUUAUUGCAGGUCACACCUAAUUAAUAAUUUCUUUUGUGAUCUUAAAGCUAUGCUAGAGUUAUCAUGUAGUGAUACUACACUCAUCCAAACUAUAAUACUGGUGGAUAAUGUGCUAAUUGGUUUUAUCCCAUCAAUGCUUACUAUGAUGUCCUACGUAUAUAUCAUAUCAACUGUCUUGAAGAUCCAUUCAUCUCAAGGAAGAAUUAAAGCAUUUUCCAACUGUACUUCCCACCUCACAACUGUUCUUAUAUUUUAUGGGACAGCCUUGUGCUUGUAUAUGUCCCCAUAUUCUGAAGUUUCUGAAAACAAAGAUAACAUUCUCUCACUAGCAUAUGUUGCACUAAUUCCUAUGGUAAACCCUGUUGUGUAUAGUCUUAGAAACAAAGAUGUAAGGGGGGCUAUGAUCAAAAUUACUAGUAGACAAAUAAAAAAUAUGAUUUCCUAA